ACUUGGAGCGCUAAAGUCAGUAGUGCUAAAGACGUUUUUGACUGUUUGAGGUUAAAUAAUGUGUUGUUUAUAUUGAUAAUAGUGAUAAUCUGAUAAUAAUAUUAAAAUAAAGUGGUAAAUUAAUAUAAAAUACUCCUAGUUUUUGUUUGUUAUUUCUGUUAUGUUAUAACUCGUAGGUAUUAUUUGGCUGAAGAACAGGUCGCUUUUUGUAUUUUUAAAUAUUUCCUUUUGCUAUAUUUAGGAAAUACUUACAGAUUUGAUGGCACGUGUUAAGACCUGUGCUGUACCAUGCUGUCCAAAUACUAGUGAAAACGCCCCUUCAAAAAUAUUUUUAAGUAUACCUAAGGAUCGUCGCCUAAAAUGGUUCAAAGCAAUUGAGUUUACUGAGUGGUAUAGACAAUGUAGUAGAGCAUUAUGUAUUUGUGAAGAUCACUUCAACUUACCAGAAGAUACUGAGAACUGGAUAUACUACAAAACACUGGGAAACCGUCUUAUUACUAAAAAGCAUGUCGUACCUCAUAUGAAUCUGAAAGCCAACGUUGUUGCCCCUAGAGAGUCACAAUUAAGUGACGAGGACAAGUUCCAAAAAAAAAACGUCCUAAAUGAGUUACAUGGACGAAUAACAAUUAGAAGAGAAUUUGUUUGGAUUCGCAGUAAGCAGAAAUGUGAUAUGAAAUUGGAAGAAGAAGAAAAAGCGACCGAAGAGAGCUGAAAAAUGAAAACUAGGGAAUUUACCAAUAUUUGGGAAACUUCCUUGAAAUUUUAUUAUUAUCACAUAGUGAGCGGCAAAAUUAUAGAAUAAUCUUAUUUAUUAAAAAUAUUUUGUUUUGGAAAAAUACUCGAGCAGGUCAAUUUUCGUU